AUGAAAUCAUUAUUCAUCAUUCUCGCCUUCUUAUUGGUUGUUGGACUGGUGAUCAAUUACAACACCAAAUAUUCCACGCACGUCUUUCUCACACGAGCCUUCUUUCAUGCCUUGCUGUUGAGAAAUAAAUAUUUAGGAAUGAAAGUAGGAGAUCCCGAAUCAAGUAUGAUUGGCACGACCACUACAGAUUGGAAGGAAGUUUCAUUGGAGGCUCAAACGUUGUACAAUAUGGUUCGGUUUGUGAGAAGUAGGCUACACAUGUCGGAUGAGGAAAUUCGGGAUACUGCCUAUCAUGCUCUAGCUCCUCCAGUUUCUCUUCAUAAUUCAUUAAGUUUUGAACAUGUGCCUGAAAUUAGGAAUUCAAUAUUUGUUACAUUGAGAGAUCGGUUCUAUAUUGAACACUUCUUUGGAAAGGAUCGUCGUGGAAAGGUUAUCUUGUUACUUCAUGGAGGAUGCGGUUUUGCUGGACAGUAUGAUGGCCAGGAAUUGAGAAGUAUUGUUGAGCACAUGCAACAGAGGUUUAACAGUACAUUGACCCAUAUUCUUUCUGUGGAUUACAGACUUAUGGGACUGACUGAAGCAGAACGACAAAAGAAGGAUGUAUUUGCAUCGAAAUUUAGUGACCAAGUUGACGACGUCAUUCAAGCGUACCAUUGGUUGUUAACAAAGUUUAAGCCUGAGGAUAUUGUCAUUGUAGGAAGUUCCUUUGGAUCUACCCUUAGUGCCGAAUUUAUACGAAGAGCCGCUAAUGAACAUCUUCCAAUGCCAAAAGCUGCAGUGUUGAUGGGUGGAGUCUAUGAUUUGAGUAUGAAACUAACUCGAAGCAAUAAGAAUUCGAGAAAUAACAUCAUGCUUUCCGAUCAGCUAAUUGGCAUUAUGCAUAGAUUGUAUAAGGACGAGGAGUCUCCUCUUUUCACUUGGAAGAGCAGUGUGAAUAAGGCCGUGUUUUCAACCAAACUUUACCUUGUUUAUUCAAAAGAUGAAGAAUUAUCCAAGGACAAUGAAGUAUUUAUUCAACUUUUAAUGGACCUAGGUCAUCCAUCUGUGAAGGUCUCUGCUGACAACAUGAUGAUUCAUGUUCACCCAAUUUUUGAAUACUAUUUCCCUGAAGCAAAAGCUGCCAUGUCAAAGAUUUUGGACUUUAUUGAUUCUCAACAAUAA